AUGGCAGCAAUCGCAAGGGUUCUGUCCCUUUUUGUUGCUUGCUCUCAAGCUGCUCGCAUUGUGCAGUCCAACGAUGAUGGCUGGGCUGAGAAGAACAUCAGAACACUCAAUACUGCACUGGUGGCUGCUGGGAACGACGUUGUGCUUUCCGCACCAGCUGAUAACCAAUCUGGUCGAAGCUCGUUAGAUUGCCCACCUAUUGGCGCGGAUCCUAAUGAGCCGCGCUUCGAGUACGUCAAUUCUUUUCCUGUGACCGCAAUCAAAAACGGCAUCUCAAAUCUUGCUCCUCGCUUCUUCGACGGCAAUCGUCCCGAAUUUGCCGUAACAGGCGUAAACGUGGGCUCGAACCUUGAUAUUCAAGUCCCAUUUUCCGGCACGGUUGGUGCAGCAGUAGAAGCAGUCAAGCAAGGCAUUCCAGCUAUAUCGUUUAGCGGGAGGUCCGGAGAUCCAACAGCAUUCACCGCCGAAACACCACUAUAUAGCCAGGUCUAUGCCGACCUUGCGACCAAUCUGACUAUGCAGAUCCUUGAAUCUGGCCAACCAUACCUACCGGAUGGUGUAUGGCUCAACGUCAAUUUCCCAGAAGUCUCGGAAACAAGAUGCAACAAUGCCAACCAGUUUCAGUUUGUACUAAGCAGGAUAAACAUUGGCAUCUUCUCGGCGGAUGAUGUCGAAAUUUGUGACUCUGAUCGCCUACCUAUGGAGCGACAGGUCGUCGAUGCAGGGUGCUUCGUAAGUGUCAGUCCUGGAGACGCUACUGACAAGACGACUGUCGAUGCUGCACGGCAAGCAAUUGUAGCGCAGAAGCUCAACGGGCUGUUGACGUGUCUGCCUUGA